UUUAAAAAAUCCUUCUUCUUUUUUCAGUAAAAAUAUUUUCGCAGUAUAAACAAACUGUAAAAAUAAAAUAAAUAAAAACGAAACUCUAUAGCCACGAAGCUCAUGUCCGAGUACUGGAAAUGCCGAAGUCUUCCAUUUUUGUAGUGAUUAAUCUUCAAUGCCCGCUCGACGUGUAUACUCUGCAAUGCUCUCCUCUUCCCGGUGAGGUAUCUCUAUCUAUUUGUUUGUAUAUUCUUCUUUCCUUGGCAUAAUGAUUCGAACUGAUUUGAAUCUGCAAUUGUGGCAAAUUUGUGAUGAUAUGAUGCUGAAAAUGUUAUCUACGAGCUCGCCCUUGUGGAUCUGGGAAUUGAGGCGUGGAAAUUAAACUCUCGUGUCCAAUUUUCACUGACAUUUCUCUGUUGUUUGUUUAGAUAAGCUUUAUUCUGCAUUUGAUGUGAUCCAAAGGAGGCCACAAAUUGCCAAGAAUUUGAUGAUCAAGAGAAAAAGCCUAAAGUUAAGUUCAAGAUCUCGAAAGGUUAAUAAAGCCAUGCAAAUUACUUGUUCAAGUUAUGGAGUUCAAAAAGAUGAAGCGUGCAAGCCAAAUAACAACUUACAUAUUGGUCAUGAAGGAAAGGACUCGUUCAUAUCAUGUGAUUGAAUGUGCACGUAUUAAGCCAAGUACCUUGUGUAAAAUUUUCGAUGCAUCUCUUGUGAAGAGUAUGUCUCCAUCCAUUGGACUAGGUCUUGCCAUUGUUAGUUCCUCAAAGGGACCAUUCUCCUGUAAAACAGUGCAAACAGGUACUUUCCAGGGGGAGACGCCUUACAUAGAGCCAGAUGGAUCUUGUAAAGAGCAAGGCAUGUUUGAUUUUCCCAUGGAGCAAGUUUCAAGUAAAGAGAUUAGAGUAGACAGUAAUGCCAAUUCAGUAGAAAUUUCUGAAUUCGACAAUGAUUAUGAAAUCCAGAGGAGGAGGAAAAUUGGUCUAGCAAACAAAGGAAAAGUGCCAUGGAACAAAGGAAGGAAACACAGUGAAGAGACUCGUGAGAGAAUCAAACGGAGAACAAAAGAACCCUUGAAAGAUCCUAAGGUGAAGUCAUGUUAGAAAGAAGAUGUCAGAAUGUCCUCGUUCUCUCAGGUAUUCUUUGUUUCUCCUAUUCCACUGGAUCAUGAAUGAAACCAACCUCUCACAAUGAUAAUGGUAUUGUUCUUUUGGCUCAACACGGCAUUCUGUCCCAAUGAAGUUUGAAGCGGAUAAGGGUUCUGAUGUUCUCUCGAAGAAUAAUCAUUUAAGUACUAACAUGUGUCCUAUAUAAGGUCACUGUAUGAAAGACAAAAGCUCUUAGCUGCAGUAUAGUUUAGAGACUUUUAAACAGCUCCAACUUAUCAAAAGUCGAGAGAAAAUCUUAAUUUUGCCACAUACAAGCUACUGUAUAUAAUUUCAUGCCAAAUUGAAAUAUAGUACUUAAAAAAAACAAAAACACAGAGAUAAUUGAGGUUUUAUAUACUAAUACAUCUUCCCUAAAUGGUUUCUCUUCUAGCAUUUAGUUCAUUUCCUCUUGCUCGUGACAAACUUUCACGGUGUUGAUUUCUAAACCAAAGGUCUUUUCUUAGAUGUGCGAAGGCAUAAAACUAAUGACUUAGUGGCUCACCCAAUAGAACGAAUAUAACCAGUAAAAUCAACUUUUAAGCUUAAUGGUGGCAAGAAAACUAGGUCUCUUUUCUGCAGCAAUCGAACCAAAUCAAGAAUACGCUCAUCGCUCACAAAACUAUGGGGGAAAUGGCUACAAUGGAAAAGAUCAAGGGAGAAAUUUUUGCAAGCAUGGGCUGAAUGUAUUGCAAAUGCUGCUAAAAUUGGUGGAAUUGAACAAGAAGAACUAGAUUGGGAUAGCUAUGACAAGAUUAAAAGAGAGAUGGCCCUUGAACAGCUUCAGCAGGCUGCAGAAAAAGCGAAGGCAAAAGAAAUGGCAUGCAUUCGAGCAGAGAGAGCAUUACAAGCAAAAGUCGAAAAAGAGCGGGAAGAGAAUGCAAAACACAGAGCAGAAUUGAAUAAGAAAAAAGAAAAAAUCGAAGGAAGAAAAGAACAGCUGGUUGUUUCUCACAAGCUAAAACUCAGGGAGAAACUAAUCAAGAGAUUCACAGAAAGAAAUCCGCGGUUAGUCACAUAAGCAGUCAACAGAAACGACCUUGGGAGAAAUUUGACAUGGAAAUCGUGAAAAGAGAACAACUGCAGAAUGAAAUUUCACUGGCACAUCAGAUUCAAUUUGCUAAGAAUACAAGAGCACAAUGUUAAACUCAAAGAAUCUUUCGAUACUCUGUCUUCUGGACUUGAGUUCAGUUAGAGUACAUCAAAUUAGAGCUAAUGUGGCUGCAAAAGGAACUUCAGAUUACUCCAACACAAACGAAAUUUUGUAUUAACAUCGUUUGUCCAAUCUUGUGAUCAUUGCUUCAAUAAUUGAAACUUGCUUGUAAUAUUAACCCCAGUAAAUUUUUGAACUAGCUUAUUUGUUAUUCGUCAUCAAACAGUUGACUUCAUAUAUUCGUAUGUACCUUUGACAAAAAAUACUUGGAUCUAAAGGUUUUAUACUGUCAA